GUCUGGCUGCAUCGUGGCGCAAUGGAUAACGCUCUGCCGCUGGAAGCGGAGCUGGAGCACCAGUGGCUACUCAACGCCUCCCUGAACGAGUCCUUUACGAAUCAGUUCGUGCAGCCCCCAUGGCAGGUGGCCCUGUGGGCUGUCGCCUACGCCCUCAUCGUGGUGGUGUCGGUGGUGGGGAACGUGGUGGUGAUGUGGAUCAUCCUGGCUCACAAGAGGAUGCGCACCGUCACCAACUACUUCUUGGUGAACCUGGCUUUCGCCGAAGCCUCCAUGUCCGCCUUCAACACGGUGGUGAACUUCACCUACGCCAUCCACAACGAGUGGUACUACGGGCUGCUCUACUGCAAGUUUCACAACUUCUUCCCCAUCGCCGCUGUCUUCGCUAGCAUCUACUCCAUGACGGCCAUCGCCCUGGACAGGUACAUGGCUAUCAUCCACCCGCUGCAACCCCGGCUCUCGGCUACCGCCACCAAGGUGGUCAUCGGCAUCAUCUGGCUCCUGGCUUUCCUGCUGGCUUUCCCCCAGGGUUACUACUCGGUGAUGGAGGAGCUGCCGGGCCGGCUGGUGUGUCUGGUGGAGUGGCCAGAGCACAGCACCAAUACGUACGGAAAAACGUAUCACUUCUGCAUGACCAUCCUGAUCUACUUCUUGCCGCUUCUGGUGAUAGGAUGUGCCUACACUGUGGUCGGUAUCACCCUCUGGGCGAGCGAGAUACCCGGCGACUCCUCCGACCGCUACCACGAGCAGGUCUCGGCUAAGCGGAAGGUAGUGAAGAUGAUGAUCAUCGUGGUGUGCACGUUCGCGCUGUGCUGGCUGCCCUACCACAUCUACUUCACCCUGCAGUAUUUCAACCCGAGGUACCUGCAGAAGUUCAUCCAGCAGGUCUACCUGGCUAUCAUGUGGCUGGCCAUGAGCUCCACCAUGUACAACCCCAUCAUCUACUGCUGCCUCAACGACAGAUUUCGCGUGGGGUUCAGACACGCAUUUCGGUGGUGCCCGUUCGUCAGCGCCGGUGAGUACGAGGGCCUGGAAAUGAAGUCAGCCAGGUACCUGCAGACACAGAGCAGCAUGUACAAGGUCAGCCGGAUAGAGACCACCGUGUCCUCGGCGGUUGGCGCAGCCGAAGAGGAGCUGGAGGAGAGCAGCAAGGCCAAGCGUCUCUCCGUAGACAUGACCUCCAAUGGCUCCUCCCGCAGUGACUCCAAAACAGUCUCCGAAAGCUUCAGCUUCUACUCCAACACGCUCACCUAA